AUGUCUGUGGCCAAGAAGACGACUUUCUAUGACAUCCUAUCCAUCGACAAGUCGGCGUCCGUAGACGAAGUUCGAAAGGCCUACAGGAAGAGGGCAUUAGAAACCCACCCUGACAAACUUGACCCUUCAGCCACUGAAGAAGAGAAGCAGGCCGCAGAGCGGGAAUUCCAAAAGGUCCAUGAGGCUUUCCAAACGCUUGGUGACCCCCUGAAGAAGCGGCGUUAUGACGCUGUAUUAGCCCUCCGGUUAGACCCUAAACUCGUGUCCAAACAUGGUUCCGGCCUCAUGGCCGAUCGGCGAGAAUGGGCUCGGCAACAAGAAGAACUGGCCAGGCGGAGGAUGGAGGAUUGGAAGGCGAGGCAAGGAAGGUUAGAGGGCUUCAAGGCUGCCCCGCUUCGAUCAGCACCUGUGACCCCAGCAGCAACGGAGAAGGUGGAGAAGCCACCAGUGCAACUCCCAGCAAGUAGGGAGCUGACGGCGAGGGAAAGGGAGGAGCAACGAGUCAGCGAGUUACUGAACAAUCUGUACCCUGACAUGGCGGCGAGGCGGAGGGUAAUCCUUCAGCGGAGGGCUGAACGAGAGCAGGCCGAGAAGGAGAAAGCGCUGGCGCAACUCGAGCCACCAUUGACAGCCUAG